AUGGCUAGCUUCGAUCCCAACAAUGUCGAUCUCGACAAUGCCGACAUGGCACAGGUCGUCUGCUAUCUCAAUGCCGGAGGCAACGAGUACAACGGACACAUGGGAGCCCGCAUCUCUGCCAUCUUUGUCAUUUUGAUCUGCUCGACGCUGGCCACGUUCUUCCCCGUCGUAGCAAACCGUGUACAGAAAGUCAAAGUGCCCGUGUACGUGUACCUCUUUGCACGCUACUUUGGCACAGGAGUCAUCCUAGCCACUGCCUUUGUUCACCUGCUCGACCCUGCGUACGAUGAAAUCGGUCCGGCGUCUUGCGUGGGCUUGACUGGGAACUGGGCGGUAUACUCGUGGCCGCCGGCCAUUGUUCUUGCGUCCAUCACCGUCAUUUUCCUCAUGGAUUUCACUGCUGAGCUGUACGUCGAGUCCAAAUACGGAAUCAACAAAACCGACGACAGGACCAGUGUCGUCCACGAGCACGACCAUUCAAUUCCUCCUCCUUCUCCUCGCGCUGCCACGAAAGACACAUCCUACGCAGAGGAGGAGCGCGAUGACGACUCGAUCGCGGCCGAAAAGUCGUUUCGCCAGCAAAUCGCCGCGUUUCUCAUUCUCGAGUUUGGUGUCAUUUUCCACUCUGUCAUCAUCGGCCUGAAUCUCGGCGUUGCAGGAGACGAGUUCUCGACCUUGUACCCGGUCAUCGUCUUCCACCAGAGCUUUGAGGGACUGGGUAUCGGGGCGAGAAUGUCGGCGAUUCCGUUCAAGCGCAGUAGCUGGUUGCCCUGGGUGCUGUGUCUGGCGUACGGACUGACGACCCCGAUUGCUAUUGCUAUCGGCUUGGGAGUGCGCAAUACUUAUAACCCGGGAUCCAACACGGCCAAUAUCGUUUCCGGCGUGUUUGAUUCCAUCUCCGCGGGCAUCCUGAUCUACACCAGUCUGGUCGAACUGCUGGCACGAGACUUUUUGUUCGACCCCUGCCGGACCAACGAUCGUCGUAGUUUGGGAUUCAUGGUCGUCUGCACUCUGCUAGGAACCGGUGUCAUGGCUCUUCUCGGAAAAUGGGCGUAA